GAGACUAGGAAGAGUGUAUUGUUAGGAGCUAUGAUGGCCCGUCGGCAAAUCGAUUUGUUGUUUCUCUCUCAAUUCAACAAUGGAAUCACUGAUAAAACCCACAGAUUAUGAGUUUACAGCGAACAGAUCCAAACCAGAAAUGGCUCAAAAGACGAACUCCUCUCUCUGCUCUGUUCCAAUUCUGUUUCUCCUCACCCUUCUCUUAACCCUCUCCUUCUCCCUUUUCCUCCUCUUCACUCGAUCUUCCAAUCCCUCAUCUCUCUUCAAUCCCAACAUCUCUCCUUCUUCACCUCAAUCCAUCAAAGUCUUCAUUGCAGACCUUCCCAGAUCUCUCAACUAUGGCCUUCUCGACCAAUAUUGGGCGAUCCAGUCCGAUUCGAGGCUCGGCAGCGACGCGGAUCGUGAAAUUAGAUCGACCCAGAUGAAGAAAACCCUCGAGUUCCCUCCGUAUCCGGAGAAUCCGUUGAUCAAGCAGUACAGUGCGGAGUAUUGGAUUUUGGGGGAUUUGAUGACGCCCGAGGCGCAGAGAGAUGGAUCUUUUGCUAAGAGGGUUUUUGUGGCUGAGGAAGCCGAUGUGGUUUUUGUGCCGUUUUUCGCUACAUUGAGUGCUGAAAUGCAAUUGGGAAUGGCUAAGGGGGCGUUUAGGAAGAAAGUGGGGAAUGAAGACUAUGAGCGGCAGAGGAAUGUGAUGGAUUUUCUUAAGAGUACUGAUGCUUGGAAGAAGUCUGGUGGGAGAGACCAUGUUUUUGUUCUUACUGACCCAGUGGCAAUGUGGCAUGUCAAAGCUGAGAUAGCUCCGGCUGUUCUGCUUGUGGUUGAUUUUGGCGGAUGGUUCAGGCUUGAUGCAAAAUCAUCCAACAGUUCCUCGCCGGAUAUGAUUCAGCACACUCAAGUUUCAGUUCUUAAGGAUGUGAUUGUUCCAUAUACUCAUUUACUACCUCGGCUGCACUUAUCAGAAAACGAGAAGCGUCGGACUUUGCUUUAUUUCAAAGGGGCGAAACAUCGACAUCGGGGGGGAUUGGUGAGGGAGAAACUCUGGGACUUGCUGACUAAUGAGCCAGAUGUUAUAAUGGAAGAAGGCUUCCCAAAUGCCACAGGUAAGGAGCAAUCUAUCAGGGGGAUGAGAUCAUCAGAGUUCUGCUUGCACCCAGCUGGGGAUACCCCGACAUCGUGCCGCCUUUUUGAUGCCAUCCAAAGUCUCUGUAUACCCGUCGUUGUAAGCGACAACAUCGAGCUUCCAUAUGAAGACAUGGUGGAUUACUCAGAAUUCUGCGUCUUUGUAGCUGUUAGUGAUGCAUUGAAACCAAACUGGCUUGUAAAGCACCUGAGAACUAUCCCUGAAGAACAGAGGAACAGAUAUCGGCGAUAUAUGGCUCAGGUUCAACCCGUUUUCGAGUACGAGAAUGGUCGUCCGGGUGGUAUCGGGCCAGUUGCUCCAGAUGGUGCUGUAAAUCACAUAUGGAGAAAAGUCCACCAAAAGCUGCCUAUGAUGAAAGAAGCCAUUGCUAGGGAGAGAAGAAAACCAGAGGGUGUGGUAGUUCCUCUUCGCUGCCAUUGUACCUAAUAUCAUUCGCUGUGUAGCUUUCGUGUUAGUUUGCAUUGAUUUAUUAAUUCAAACCCAUAAAUGAUGAUUUUAUAGAGCUUUAUUAUAAUGAAAGUAUCCCUUUUUUUUAGUUA